UUUCUUGAGAAAGAGUAUUUUGUACUGUUAUGUAGGGUAUAUAUAUUAAUUGUAUCGGGGCAUCAUGAUCAUCGGUUGGUGCUUCAUCUGUGUAUUUGCAGUGCUGAUAAAUAAAGUGUGUCUGCAGGUCACAGUAGAGGCCGUUAUUGGUGGUUCUGUUGUCCUGCUGUGUUCUUCAACUAAACCUGAUCUUAAACUUCAAGAUACUGAUGUGCACUGGAGACACAAUGACAGUGAGAUUGUGUACGAUAUAGUUAAGGGUCAAGAUUCAGUCACAUUACAGCACCGCCAGUACAAGAACAGAGUUAAAACUUUCCCUGACGGGUAUAACAGAGGAAACUUCUCCAUCAAACUCAUCAAUCUCACUCACACAGAUGCAGGAGAGUUCAGCUGCUUCAUCAUACACUCAUCUGAUUCAGAUCAGGAGAUUGUACACCUGAUCAUCAAGGGUGUGUAAAAAUAGUUCAUUUUAUGUUUUCAUGCUCAUGCUUGCAAUGCGUAGUGUAAAGUGUAUUUAAAGUCCAGGAAUUACAGUCCAAACCUGACUUGAAAUAACGUAACAAAUCAAUCAGGGCUAAAGUGGUUCCAUAAAUGACCAUUUAAAUUCACACAAUCUCACUAAUUUGAUCUAGGUUCAGUGAGUCAGGAUAAUUUGAUGUGCACACUUAUUCUUAAGCAGCUCUUAAUGCCAUGGAGCAAAUCGUUCCACCAUGACAAACAGCGAAAAUAUUUUUGGGAUGUUUAAUGCUUUAAAAAAAUAAAAUAAGAAAAUAAUUUGAUGUAUUUUCCUCAGUGCAUAACUGACAAAUCACAGAUGAAUUCUUCAUCUAUAAAUGUUAGAGAGUCAUGCAAAUAUAUCCAUUUUGCUGUCAGGAGUGAACGUGUGCUGCUGCGCACUUAACAGACGGAGCACAAUAGA